AUGGCAACAGGAUUCGAGCUUCCUCAGAUGAGGUCGAUCUGGUUGGACGAAGAUCAAGAUGCUGAAAAAUUGUACGCGCAGCAGUUCAUGGGCUCAGAUGAAGAGGACUCUGUGGCAAUUAAAAUGGUUAACAGUGAUAAACCACUGCUUAACAAUAAGAAGAGAAUAGAGUUACCACCAUUGAGUAAGAACUCCAUGAUGAAAUGCUUCGAGACGUCACCAUCUGUUACUCCAAUGAAGAAGAAGAAAAGGAAGGGUCUUUUAGGCUUCUUUAAGGGAAAGGAGAUCGUGCAAGCAAAGAGGAUUUCGACCCCCUUUGCAUUCCAACACAUUUCCCAUGCUAACACGAAGGCUGGAUUUGAAUCUGAUCAAGAUGAUGGAGAGAAGGAGGAUAACUCACCCACGGUUCCAAUUGAGACUUCCGACAAACAAGGUCCAUUACACAAGGCUUUUGUCACACAGUCUAUACCGGAGGAGUACAAAGACACCAACAAAAUAUCCGAUAGAAAGAGAGCUUCAAUGAUAUCCAGAAGAUCGCUUUCCGGUUCUAUUUCUACACAUUCUUCUAAUAACUCAAGAUCGAGUGCUGGUCGCAUCGUAUCUAGCUCCACAAUGGCUACAUCAAUACAUCAUGAGUCAUCAUCAUCACCUUCGCGCCUUACAUUACUAAAUAUAAUGGAAAAGUCCAAUGGCAAGUUUAACGCGACAACAAGCGAUAAAGAGAGUAACGUUUCACUAGAUUUUUUGAAAAAUUAUAAUUUCCCAACUCUGCUAGAUCCAAAAACAGCAAACCAAGGGCCCCAUGAUUCAAACUCAAAUAUAACUCCUAUUAUAGAAGUCGCUGUAUCUGAGAUGAAUUCGAUUAAAAUCGAUGACCUCAAUAAUGAUGAUGAUGGAGAUAGUGAUGAAGAAGAAGAAGACUUGAGGAGCAUUCAUUCAUUACCUGUGGUUAACAAAACAAACUCUUAUCUAAAAUCGUCAAGGACACCAGAUAUCGAAAACGAAUGGUUUGGUGAGAAUACGAGAAAAUCCGUAGAUGAUAUAUUGUUAUGUUAUCACACUCCAAGCGAGAGUGGCUCAUUUGUUCAAUCGCCAUUUACAAGCCCAAAAAAAUCAAUCGUUUAA